UCAAGAGAACAGGAAACCAAGUUGACGGGAAACCCAAGUGACAUUUGGGUUUAAUGAAUGACUUAAAACCCCAAUAUUGCUCGCCAGGAAAUGGGGAGAGGAAAUUGAGCGAUGUUUUGAGAGUAUAAAUUAGGGGCUCCAUCAAGGUGAAGGCUGCAGAUCUGCUUUUUACCGUCCUGUGAAAUUCAGCCGAGAGCUGGACCGAGAGGCAAGCCGCUCCCUUUCACAGCAUGCAAACCUGCUCAGCCCUGGUCUUGCUGCUCCUGGCUGCCAGCACCCUGCCUGCCAGGUGCUCGCCUGCCCACCCCAGCUGCCUCCACUUCUCGGAGCUCCUGCCUGCAACGCUCAAAGAGCUGAGGAUCAAGUUUGAGGAAAUUAAGGAUUAUUUUCAAUCAAAAGACGAUGAACUUAGCAUCCAGUUGCUCAGCUCCGAAUUGCUGGAUGAAUUUAAGGGGAGCUUCGGCUGCCAGUCGGUGUCGCAGAUGAUGCAGUUCUACACGGAGGAGGUCCUGCCCAGCGCCAUGAAGACCAGCACGCACCACCGGCAGAGCAUGGGCGACCUGGGCAACCUGCUGCUGAGCCUGAAGGCAACGAUGAGGCGCUGUCACAGAUUCUUUACGUGCGAGAAGAGGAGCAAAACCAUAAAGCAGAUUAAGGAGACGUUUGAUAAGAUGAACGAGCACGGAAUCUACAAGGCCAUGGGAGAGUUUGACAUUUUCAUCAACUACAUCGAAGAGUACUUGCUGAUGAACAGAAGGAAGUGAAACGUCCAUGGGUCUGCAUCUUUCACACAAAAUCCUUCUAUUUUUUCAGAAAUCACUUUAGGCUGCAAGAGCUCACGAGAGAUUAAGUUAUCUUAGGGUUCAAGUCAAGAAUUACAGGUCAAUAACUUCCAGUUUAGUAUUGUAUUUAAAAGUUAUUUUUUUAAGAACUGAAUUUAAUAUUUAUUACUUCUAAUACCUCAGUGUUUAUGUUUACAGUAUCUUUUGAAGAAAAGGGUGAUGAGCUUAUGAAAUACUAUUUAUUGUCCAAUAUUUUUAUACUGUUUAUGAUAGUGCUGUUUUAGUCAUAGCUUCAAAACACCCAAAGAAGCAUUCUUCUGGGGAGCAGAUAACGAGCAGUGCUUAUCCUGAUUGCAGUUUCACUGCGCCCGGUGGCCUGAUCAGGAGCAAUUCCAGCUCUGAGUUCAGCAAAGUUUAAUUUUAAGCAAAUGAGCACUCUCCUCACGUUCUACCCCUCUAUUUAUUUAUGCAAUCAAAUAUUUUUAUGCGUAACAAUGUCACUGCCUCUGUUUCUGCAGUUGGAAUUAGGCGCUGAAAUAUUCAAAAUUAUGCCAUGGCGUUGCACUGAGAAAAAUAACCAUAAAUGUAACCAAGGACAUUUUUUUUUCUCCUGUGCAUGCAAAGCAAUGUGGAGGAGUACCUGCACUCCUGUGAACAACAUGCGAUCAUGCCACAGCAAUAGAUCAGUUAAGCCCACCUCUAUACUUCAGCCUAUAUAUUAGUCCAGAUUAAAGAAAAAAAUAGUAGUAGGAAUGAAAUGUUUGGUUCUAAUAGAACUUGACUUCAAUGUUGCUAACGACAGACUUCCAGAGCUGCUGGGUUGGCCACCCUGCACUUUCGAAAGUUAAUUUUACUAUUUUCCAGUCUUUGAUUGGGUUUUACUUGCUGUUUUGUUGGGUUCUUUUUUCUCUUUUAGAAGUUAGAGGAUAUUUAAUUAACCACCAUUUUAAGGUGGCUUGGGUAAUUUGCAUUCAAAUUUAUAAAGCUGCACGCAGCACUGACAGUAUUCAGGUUUGUGUUAUUUCUAAUCCUGCGCACGAGGAGCCGCAGAGGCCGAGUGCUACGGAGGGGAGGCUGCAGCGAGAGCAGCAUCGGUGCCCCUGAGAGCUCCUGAGUUUCGGGCUCCCCUUCCUCCUUGCCUCAGUCUCCUGCGUGCCCCCAUGGCAGGAAAAUGCCAUAAACCAGAGGCAUAUGCUUCUAAUAUUUAGAAGUAUUAGGGCACCAACGUGAUGAAACACUGUCGGUUUGUUGUUUGCUUUGUAAGUUACCACUGAAGAGAGGUUAUUUAUACUUGAUUUAUUCUAUUUUUAAGUUAAUGGUGACAGAAGGGCAUUCCUGCUGGCAGCCUGCCCACACAGGAACUGGUUAUCCCAGAGCGAGGGCAGCCCCAAAGCAGGAAUGCUUCUCCAUGGGUCGCUCCUUCCGCUGAAAGCAAUUGGGUGGCAUCAGGUCAAGUGCAGCACGGGAGCCAAACACUGUAAAACUUUAAUUAAGCUUCUUACUAGGACACAUUAAGCUCCUGUUGAGCCAAGUCUGUACUCGUUUUUCCACCAAACAUCUUGACUUCAGUGUUGUAGGAGAAGCAAGGAUGGCUCCGGAGCCGUGGCGAGAGCCAAGAGCAUCAGGGUCUCCAUUCCUGGGGGAGGGGGGGGGCGCGUUGGCGGGGGACACGGCUUCUGUCACUGUGUGAACGUUUGCAUGUUUAUCUGUAUGAAAAGAAAUCUUCUAUUUUUGCUAAUAAAGACCUCAUAAUGAGUAAAGCCUCUGUUCUGUUCUUGCAAGUUGUUAACAGGGCUGUAAAUCAGUACCAGCGCAUAGGUGCUGUGCCCACUGUCACCGUGCCGGGGAGGA